AUGGUCGACGAUACAAACACAAGAAGCCCCAUAGAGCAAGCCGAACAUAGGAUUAAUCAUGAUGGACAAGCCGCCAUGCCAGUCACGCUGGAAUCAGUUAUCACCGCGAAUAGCCAGGAUGUGUCUUUUGGGGCUGAAGACAAUAGGAGUCUAGAAACCGGGCAUCCGUCAGAAUCAUAUAACAUGGAACCGUUGCCAAGCACAACGCCUCGAGACUACGAGACUCACCCUUCAGAGGCGUCCGCUGGCCAAGUUUAUCAAAGCCAGAGAGCUACUCUCCCGGGAACUUCUGACUGGCCGCUGGCCAACGGAAGCCGGGUGAACGAGACGAACGAGGAUGAGGCAAGAAGCCAGGCCGGUGGAACUGCACCACACAAUGCCACGCCUGGCUCUCCAAUUAUCACGACAGAUUAUUCGAGAACGGAACCGAUGCAGUAUGAGCACCAUGUCGGCAGCCAGGCCCAAUUCGUCGCGGAACACGAUCCGGAGCACCAUGGGGCAUGUCGCCAGAGGUGUAUUCGGACAUGGGAGGUAGUCAAGCGGCCCGGCCCGAGGGAGAUGCGGGAGGCGUGGGAGGUCGAGACUAUCUGGGCCACCUGGUUGCUGUACGUGUCCUUCCGUUCUUUUCUUUGUCUUUUUAUCUAUAACAGAAGUCAUUGCUGA